AUGGAACUCGCGGCCAUACAGCUAGAAAUCGAGGUCCAGGGUACAAUUUUCCGCAACACAUAUUUGAGUCUAAUGCGGACCUUUCUGGACCGGCAGUCUAUUGCGCACCUUGGCCCACAGUGGGAGAUGUACUCGAAAUUGAUGGAACGGCUACAAAACCUAUUGAACACGUUGAGGCUACAUAUUGACAGGACACGGCCAACAAACGCCGAAGAUGUAUUUUCUAAGAUAUCAUCCGCUCUUAAGCCUAUACGCUUUAGCUUCGGCAUCAAACAGCGACACGGCCUGCUGCACCAUAUCAAAGAAGCAAACAGUGCAUUCCAAACUCUGGUCGAACAACGACAUGCAUUGAGAGAUCUUACACAACCUCUAGCUGCAAACGCGCAGGUGAGCCGAUACCGGCAUCUGCGCAGUGAGAGCUCUGCGCUACUGAGCUUGCUCAUAUCCCACUUCGAUUCCUGUACCACUGCCCAUACCCAUUCGUACGGGUUUUACCUACGCUCACUGCUCCGGAAUCCUCGCGGAGUACAUAUACGGAGGCACAGCAAUGACCGCCGUCAGAAUAAGGUGUGGGUCGACUCGCACACUCGACCUGCGCUAGAGCCACCCGUUAUGUUGGAGGAAAGGGUGGUAUACACCCUUGAUACGUGCUCCAAGCGUAACUGCUGCCCUGGCUCAUUGUGCCAAAGCAGCCGGCUCGUCGCUCAAAACCGGCCGCCCCCGAACCUCGAUAGUCGUAAAUUGCGCCUUAGGAAUCGGCCUUCCAGAGGGUCUACAUUAAUAGCCAGAUAUUUCGCAAGGCCGGUGUCUUUCCCUUCCGCUACUGAACAGCAGCGUCUAAGCGAUGCACCAGAUAGAGGAGGGUCUACAUCAGUGGCCAAAUCAUUCAAAUGGUCUGUGUGUUUCCCUUCGACUACUGAACAGCAGCAUCUAAGCAAUGCACCAGAUAGGGGAGCGGUCGGCGCUUUACCGAACAGGAACCGGCACUCUCAACUAACACAUGCUAUUUUCUAUGUCGAAGAGCGCUACCCUUUGCCGACAGAUAUAUCGUUGCAUACUAUAUUAUCGAGUGGCACGCGGUACGAGCAAUUCCCUAGAUACUUUUAUGAAUGGGAUCGAGUAAACAUCGCCGCAUUGGUUGCGUUGUCUGUAGUGUCCCUGCACGAUUCCAAUUGGCUAGACUCGUCGUUCUCUAGCAAUCAGUUGUUCUUCACUCUCUUCAAUGACAAUACCAGUCAGCGUUUACUACUCGAACCUUACGUGAAGAAGCAACAUUCUGUUCCACCCCUAUCACAAAGCGAAUCAUCAUCAAACACACAAACAUCAGCCGGACCGCCAGCAACCUUUGGCAUAAGGAACCGCGCCCUUUACAACCUCGGUAUCAUGCUCUUAGAACUCGUGUUGAACGAAUCCCUGUCCUCCCUUCGUGUACCGGACUUGGGCGGCGCCCUCGAAACAGAAGAUCAGGUUGCGUGGCGACUGGAGCGAGAAGUGUGCGGAAAGGCGGGAUCUGUGUGGGCGGACGUCGUAAGCAAGUGCUUGCAUUGCCCAUUCAUGGGUAAUUCGCAGCUCGAUGACGACUGUUUUGCAUCUGCUGUGUACAUGGACAUUGUACAGCCUCUGCUGGGCAUGGUGGAGUUGCUGGAUGGACGGUUAGGCUGUCCGGACGAAUAUCCUUAUUUUUAUGCAUUGCGCAGAUGA